AUGGCCGUGUGGUCAAGGCUCUUCCCCCAAUUCGCAUCUUCGCCGACACUACCCAUCGUCCUCAUCUAUUCUUUCUACCACAAUGUCGUCAGAAUCGUGGCCUCCAUCGCUAAAUGUCUAGGGCAAAUGACCGAAGCCAACAAGCAAGAAGCCCAAGCUGAGCUCAGACAGGUAAUUGCUGACGCCUUCGAAAAGCAUACUCUUUGGACCACCGAUUGGGCUGGUGUUCAGCUGAAAAGCCUGCUCCCCAAACCUGCACCUGUUAUCAGUCUCAAGCGGAAGAACAUCGACAGCCAAAACUCGAAUAAGAAAGCCAAAAAGGCGAAUAAAGCCUUCUCAAACUCCUAUCCGAAUGAGUACAACUACAGUGAUCAGGCUGCGCUUAACCGGAGAGCAGAGCGAUUCCAGCGUGAACACGAGAUCGAACGGACCAAGAAUGCGCCUCACAGUCACAGUCAUUCGUCCAAGGGCAAUCACUAUUAUAGUCAGCAUUAUUCUCAUCCUGCAUCAUCAGAAUCGCCAUUCGGAUCAAGAGAUGAACCUGAGGGGAAUAACGUGCGUUUUGACUUGUUGUACCUUCCUGGUGCCCAGAUGGUUUCUCAUAAGGAACAGGCCAUGAAUUGGGACAAGUACACUAUUGUUGGAACGUCGACAGAAAUCUUCAAGGAUUAUCUUCGUCUUACCAGUGAACCGAAACCAGAGACGAUACGUCCAUAUCAUGUUCUUCAACAAACCCUAAUAGAGCUUAAGAAACGUUGGAGAGAGAAAGUGUCGUACAAUUGGAUCUGCAGUCAGCUCAAGAGUUUACGGCAGGAUCUCACCGUACAACGCAUCAAGAAUGAGUUCAGCGUCCAAGUAUAUGAGAUCCAUGCACGAAUGGCAUUGGAAAGCAACGACAUGGUUGAAUACAACCAGUGUCAAGCGACUCUGAAGACACUUUACGAACUGGGAAUCCCAGGCAAAGUGGAGGAGUUUACUGCAUACCGCAUUCUCAUGCUUUUGCAUGGACGGAACCGAAGCGAAUUAAAUCUCUACGUAGGUCAGCUAACACCGAAACAGAAGGCGAAUCCCGCUGUCGCUCAUGCACUUGCCGUCCAACGGGCAUUGGCCACUGGCAACUACCAUUCCCUUUUUGAACUUUACCUGAACGCACCCAACAUGGGUGCAUACAUCAUGGAUCACUUCAUUGAUCGAGAGCGAGCUAGGGCGUUGCUGGUGAUCACCAAAGCAUAUUUAAAGGUCCCUUUGACGUUCUUGCAAAACGAGCUGGCGUUCGAAUCUCUGGAAGAGACUGUCAAGUUUCUACAAUCUCAUUCAGCAGCGUGCUUCGUUGAUCCCAGGCAUCCCGACAGCCAGAAGAUUGUCGAGUGUCGGCCGGCGCAUGCCAAACUCGUCCAGGUGUACGAAGAGAAGUACCGGAAAGUGGCUAUCAAGGGUGCCAUCUAG